AUGUCAGUUGUAUUAUUCCAGUUUGGUAGAUGGACAGCAUUAAUGGAGGCUGCCUGGAGAGGACAUGUUGAAGUGUGUCAACUUCUCCUGGAGAACAGAUGUAACAAAGAUAUCACAGAUGUUAGUGGAUUGACAGCAUUAAUGUGGGCUGCCAGUGGAGGACAUGUGGAAGUGUGUCAACUUCUCCUGGAGAACAGAUGUAACAAAGAUAUCACAGAUAAGUAUGGACAGACAGCAUUAAUGUUGGCUGCCAUUGAAGGACAUGUGGAAGUGUGUCGACUUCUCCUGGAGAACAGAUGUGAAACAGAUAUCACAUCAGUUAGUGGAUGGACAGCAUUAAUGGAGGCUGCCUGGAGAGGACAUGUUGAAGUGUGUCGACUUCUCCUGGAGAACAGAUGUAACACAGAUAUCACAGAUAAUGUUGAUGGAGAGACAGCAUUAAUGUUGGCUGCCAGGGAUGGACAUGUGGAAGUGUGUCAACUUCUCCUGGAGAACAGAUGUAACAAAGAUAUCACAACAAAUGAUGGAAGAACAGCUUUACAUCUGGCUGCUGAGGAGGGACAGCUACAGAUCACAAGAUGUCUUGUAGAAGAAGGAGGUAUCAGUCCCUUUGUUAAAACACAUCAGGGUAAGACGCCAUACGAUCUAGCAAGAGAAAGGUUUGAGUUUGAAGUGAUGGAAUACUUACAGGCUGCUGUACUAAGGACGAAAGAUUCUAUGUUGAACAAACUGCUUGGCAGUGGAAGCUACCAAUCGUUUGACAUGCGCUGCAUGGUAACCGGCCAGUUCGCUACUGGGAAAUCAAGUCUAGUCAAGCUUUUAGUUGGGGAUAAUGUUCCAGAAGGGCGACAAGCCACUGAUGGCAUUUCCCUCGUUGAAGGUCGCUGUGGACUUGAUUUAGAGACAAGAAACUGGAUCAUGAUUGAUUCAGGAACAUAUAAUGCCUUGGAUGUAGUAUACAAUAAGGUUUUAAUGACCUCUGUUGAAAAGGAUGAAAGAAAACAAACAAAAACAUCAGGAAAACAUAAAUCCGAUGCAAAACUUGUUGAACUUCCAAAUAAAGACGAUAUUCAUUCUCAGAAGUCAGAAGCUACCAAGUCAACAUAUUUUCCUGUGAACCUCUCAGGUGAGCCUUCUACACAGCCACAAGCUACCAAGUCGACAUCUUUCCCUGUCAACCUCUCAGGUGAACCCACUCCACAGCCACAAGCUACCAAGUUGACAUAUUUACCUGUGAACCUCUCAGAUGAACCUUCUACACAGCCACAAUCUACCAAGUCGACAUCUUUCCCUCUGAACCUCUCGGGUGAACCCUAUCAGCAGCCACAAGCAGCCCAAUCUUUGUCACAACAGAUUUCCUCUAUUGAGUCUAAAACGCAGCAAAUGAAGAAGAAAAUGACAACUAAAAUGACCAAAAAAGAAAUGAGAAAGAAAAUGGAAAAGGUCCUCAAAACUGGUAAAUAUGAAAUGAAAGUUGGCAGACUCAUCUUCUGGGACUUUGGUGGACAGUAUGUCUAUUAUACAACACACCAGACAUUCAUGACUUUCAGAGCGUUGUUUCUGGUAGUUUUUGAUGGAAGUAAAGGAUUGAAUGAAGAAAUACCUGAUGUACUGUGUUUUCCAGGACAGCACAUGACACCAACACCAGCAGUCUUUUUACUACACUGGGUGAACUCAAUCCUGACCUAUUGUAAGGUGGUGUAUGCUGGCAUCCCUAAGAUAUUGUUUGUUGCCACCCAUAAGGACAAGGUACCAGUGGAGGAUGUUGAAACCAGACGUGCACUAUUGUACAGUGAAGUAGAGGAAUUAUUUAAGGACUACGAAGGAAGAAAUCAUCUUGUCCUUGACAAACAAAUAUUUGUCAAUGCAACUGAUAAAGAUGAUCAAGAAAUUGAAGCCCUUAAGAAAGCCAUCACUGAGCUUACUUUCGAUCAUCCAUGUUGGGGGGAGGACAUGCCGAAUGCUUGUGUCCCCCUUGAACUGGAGAUUGCUGAAAUGGUAGCUGCAGGAAAGCAAAUCUUGUCAUUGGUAGAGCUUGAAGAAUUGAAUUCAAUCAGCAAGGUGUCCGUACUGGAUUUAGAACAACUUCAUGAUUUCCUUCACUUCCAACAUUCUCUUGGGAAGCUUAUCUACUUUGAUACCCGUCAGCUCCAAGAUUAUGUUAUAAUUAACCCGCUUCUCAUGGUGGAGGUUAUGAGAUCCUUUGUGACAGAUGUAGGAUUUUGGCCUAAGAAAAAAGGUUUAGAGGAAACUUUCCGAAGAAUGUCAGAAAAUGGGAUCAUACGCCGAGAAGACUUGUAUCGGAUAUGGAAACAAAAGGACUUCCGGGCAAUUCUACCAUACAAAGAGUUUAUAUUCAACAUCCUCAUCUAUUUAGAUAUCCUGGCAGAGCAACGGAGAUAUGAUAUAACUACAGGCAGUCGGUUACCAGUAGAUAGCUUCUUUGUUCCCUGUAUGGUCACAGAAAGAAAUAAAACCAGCUUCAUGGACAAAGAAUGUACACCAGAGAAAGCAAUUUGUCUAGCGUUUGUUUUUAAAGGAACUGUCAUACCACCAGCUUUGCCCAAUCGUCUGAUCAGUGCAUGUCUGAGCAUGUGGACUCUGAAGCAGUAUGGAGGGAGAAAACUCCUCUUUUCAGGAUUUAUUGUAGUCUCAUUUGACAAGGCACAUGAUGUUGUAAUAUGUGUGGAAGGCAACAAGAUUCUUCUUUAUCUAGUCCAUAAAACCUCGGCUGGACUUAUAGUACCAGAUAUUGCCACUUCAGUAAAGGAAUGCUUAGUUACAACAAUGGAGAGAAUAUCAGAUUUCUAUCAGUCCACAAUCCAUGCAACAUGCAGCCAACAAUCACCUUUCCAUAUUGAAUAUUCAUGUUCUAAGUUGAAAUGCUUCAUUUGUGAGAAGGAAGCUUUGCAGACCAAUGAAUGGGUUUGUGACACACAUAAACUUACACACAGACAAGGAAACUGGGUUGUUUGGAAUCAAGAUAAGAUAAAAGAACAGUGUGAGCUACAUUGUCCAGGUUUACAAGAUAGUGCCUUAAAUCAAAUUCCGAGUGAUGUUGAACUUCAUCGAUUAACAUCAGGAUGUGAUGAAACCACAAUACGAGAGUUGGCCAUACAUCUUGGUAUGACUUUGCAAGAUUGGGAAACACUAAGAUCUGAUAAUGAUCGGAUUGCGAUUGUAAAGUAUAGAAUACUGGUCAACUGGCGGGACAAAUACUCGGGAAGAUUUAGCAGAAUAGCAAAAGCUUUAACAGAUAUGGACUUACCGGUCCAUACACUGUGUCAGGUUAAAAGAGAAAGAAGAGCAGAGACAGACAUUCCUUUGGAAUAUCUAGAUUGUAUACCGACGGAUGAGAUACUAGAUAAACUAGCACCCCAAAUUGGUCAAGUAUAUUUUCAACUUGGCGCUGCUAUUGGGUUGUCAAUUGGAAUCUUGGAAAAUAUUCAGAAUAAUAAUCCCAGAGAUUUAGCAGCUCAGAAUAGAGAAGUAUUAUUCGCAUGGAGAGAAGACAAAACAGUGAAACCUACAAUACAAGUACUGGUACAGGCUUUAGUUAACAUUGGGAGAGGAGCUCUUUGUUUACAGGAAGUUUUAUCAAAUGUUGAUCCUAAUACCCUUCGGGAAUCAGAAAAAGUGAGAGAUAAAGGUGCAAUAUCAAAGAAAUUAAACAAAUGUUCAAUAGCUUGAAAGUGGAUACCACAGAGUACAGUUACAAUACUAAUGCAGGAGAAAAAGAAGACUGCAGCUAAGGAGAAAACUAUAAAAUGCAAUCCGGUCUUAUUGUUUCUAAAAUACCUUCACUUUUGCAUUUUACUUGUUCCAUAUUUUCUGCGUGCAGCAGGGGACAUAGGUAUAGUCUUUGCCUGUCUGUUGUUCUUCCAUCUGAUACAACAAUGCUAAGAGACUGUCUGACAGAAAGCUUUCAUACAAUGUUCUUUAUCAUUUAUUUUCAUAUAUUUGUUUUCCGUACUGUAUUGUUAUUUAGAUUUCACAAUUGAAAGCGGAUUUAAUAAGAUUCUUUGGACAUUGUAAUGAAAUUAUUUUUUUCUUUUGGAAUUGGUUUGAUCAGUAAAGACAGAAUUAACUCAUGUUUACUGUUCCAGUGUUAUGUUACUUGAAUGUUUGAAAAUAACUAAAUUUUGAUGUUUCUGUAUAAUCAAUGGAGAAAACCAUUUUCAUAAUUGAUUCGUAAAAUUCUGGAAUAGUGGCAAGCUCGUGCAAUAUAAAACAAUACUCUAAACAGUAUUCAUGCAAUAAACCAUACUGCUGGAAAAUGUAUGUAUUCUUUAAGUGUAUGUUCCCUCAUAUGAUAAUGUAGUAUAAUAAUGCAGAUACUGUUCAUUUUGUUAAAUAGUUUGCAUAUAUAAACAUGAACAUGGACAUGAUUGCUUUUUCUCAUUCUGGAAACAUUUCAUUAAUUUCAGGACUGUUUGUUCAAAUCUUUUGUCUUUAAUAUAAAGUUUGUAAUUACAACUAGAAACAGGUUAUGUUACUUCUUAGUUUGCCUUUUGCAUCAGCAAUAAUAGCCAACUUUAGUAAAAGUUUCCUCUUACUGAAGCAAGGAGUAUUUACUCAAGAACUUGCUAAUGACCUCAAUAUUCAAAGAGAAGGGAUAUGGUGUACAUGCAUUUCAGCAGGAGCAAGCCAGACUAGGCCGUAUAUUUCUAUAUUUCAACAAAUAGAGACCUGUUUUUUGUAGUAAUCACUGAUCAGAAUGAAAAAUAAGGAGAUAGUGUGUGAUUCAAUGAGAAAACUAUCCACCAAAUGGUAAAAUCAUGUGAAUUCAAGCAAUUAAAGCAGAAUGUACCGCAUUCAUCAAAAAGCAAAAUCGAUUUAUUGUUAGCUAAUAAAGCCCUACAUGAAAAAAUGUGAAACAAUUCAAACUGAUUUAUGAUCAAGCAAAUAACUACUAAAAAGGUGGUUUUUACUGACCUUCACUUCCCAUUAGGGUGCAACAUGGUCGAUCUCCUUUUUUAUUUUUUUAAUUGCAGAAGUGCCUAUCUAAAAGGUUGUCUCCCUUUAUAUAGGACACCAUCUAUAAGUACACAUAGUAUUAAUAAUGAAAUUUGUAUAUAUAUGUUCACCAUAAUUUUAACAUAUAAACAAGCUGUGUUUUUAUUGUGUGAUUAUCAUUAUGUUUUAUCAUGUAUAGUUACUCUGUAUUAUAA